AUCAACAAUGGCUGCUACAAUCCAGUUGAUGUAUUCGGAACUUCAAAAUAAAUUUGGACUUACUGAUUUCAAAAGUGAGUCUCAGAAAGAAGUGACAAAACAUGUUUAUGAAGAUGCCUUAAUAGAGCAAAGAGAUGUUUUUAUUAAUAUGCCAAGUGGAUUUGGAAAAUCUCUAUGCUUUCAAUUACCAGUCUUGUCAAAGGAUUACGCAUUUGCUAUUGUAAUUACUCCUACGAUAGCAUUAGCCACUCAUCAAGUUGAUUACCUAAGGAGUAAAAAUAUUAUGGCAUAUUGUUGGAAUGCCUACACUCCAAACAGUAUUAAAUAUAUCAUUAAAAAAGAUUUGAUUAAAAAAAAACCUAAAAUUAAAUUUUUAUAUAUAUCUCCAGAGCAGUGUCAAUCAUUACAUUUUCAAGUAAUAAUGGCUAAAGUUAAUCUGAGAGUAUCAUAUUAUUUUGUUAUUGAUGAGGCUCAUUGUGUAAGCCCAUCAAGUCAUAAUUUUAGAAAGUGUUACCAAAGUUUGGACAGGAUACGUACCAAGUACCCGCACGUCCCUAUUCUUGCUAUGUCGUCUACAAUCACUAAAAAAGUAACUUUAUUCUAUAAUCAAUUAAAUAUUGUUAACUGUGUUUAA